GGAGACUUUCGUAACACCGGAAACAGGAACUGAGCCGUAGCACGGGGAAGCCAUCUUACUGUCUCCCGGGAAGAUGACCGGGAAGUCGGUUCGGGACGUGGAGCGGUACCAAGCUGUGUUGUCUGAGCUGCUGCUGCGGGAGGAGAACAAGUUUUGCGCGGACUGCCAAGCGAAAGGACCAAGAUGGGCCUCUUGGAAUAUUGGGGUAUUUAUGUGUAUUCGCUGUGCUGGUGUCCACAGGAACCUGGGUGUCCAUAUAUCCCGGGUGAAGUCUGUGAACUUGGAUCAGUGGACACAGGAACAAAUACAGUGUAUGGAAGAGAUGGGAAACGGGAAAGCAAAAAGACUGUAUGAAGCAUUUUUACCUGAAAACUUUAUCCGGCCGCAGAUAGACCAAGCAGUAGAGACCUUUAUUAGAGAGAAGUAUGAAAAGAAGAAAUACAUGGAUCGCAGUAUAGACCUCAAUGCAUUUAGAAAAGAGAGAGAAAGCAAGUGGAAGAAAUCUGAGUCUGCUCCUGAAAUAAAGUCAGAGCCCAUCAUAUUUGAGAAGGUUAAACUGCCACAGAAAAAGGAUGAAGCUCAGGCUCCUAAGGUGUCUCCCCAGAAGGCAGCAGAACCUGUCGUAGAUCUGUUAGGCCUAGAUACUCCAGUGGCUACAACUGUUACCAAUGGGAAGUCAAAUACCAGUUUGGAGAAGGAAUUGGACCUUUUUGGGCCUACAUCAGGCUCUAAACCCAGCCAGGCUGUCGGCUCCAUGCCUUUACCUGGAAGUUCUGGAUCUGUUCCUGAGAAUCUCAACCUCUUUCCAGAGACAAGUGGAAAGCCAGCAGAUGGUACCAAGAAGCAGCUUUCCAAGGAUUCUAUCCUGUCCUUAUAUGGCCCUCAAACUUCUCAGAUUCCAGCUCAAGGAGGCCUCUUCAUGGCUCCAGCACAAAUGGCAUACCCGAGUGCUUACACUGGAUUUCCAGCCGUUCCCUCUUCAGGGGGUGUUAUGGGUGGUAUGAUGGCCUCGCCACUGGGUAUUAUGACUCAGCCAGCUCUCCCAGGCAUGGUUGCUCCCAUGGCUGUUCCAGCUGGAUAUGUGGGUGGAAUGCAGGCAGCAGUCAUGGGAGUUCCGAAUGGAAUGAUGGCACAGCAUGCAGGUUGUGUGACUGGCAUCAGUGCUGUGGCACAGCCAAUGUAUGGUAUGCAACCAGGACAGCAGCUCCAGUGGAAUGUCACUCAGGUGUCUCAACAGAUGGCAGGAAUGACGUUUUUUGGUGUAGGAGGCAUGGCAGGAUACGGACAGCCUACAACUAACCAGGGACCCAACCCAACCCUCAGCUCUCCAAUGUGGAAAUGAAACUGGAGCUGAAUCGUACCCCUGUGAACUUCUACACUUUUCCUGCAGUCCUGAAGAUUCCUCCACUCAUUCACCUUAGUCCUUCCACUACUUAUUUUUUUUGUCCACAUAAUCUAACAGGGAUACAGACGACAAUUCCCUAUACCCUUGCCAGUAUACUGCAGUAUAGUGCAGUGCUGAGUGUUCAUAAAGAUGGGCCACAUACAUUCCCAGAAGCUGAGCCACAUACUUUUUUAAGGGCACCAAAAUAUUCAGAAUGAGGACUGAAUAUGUUCAAAUGUCAGUAAGCUUGCCGGUGUUUUUCAGCAUGCAUCAGGCAUGUGUGCUGCUACCAGCUGAAUCCAAAUAUUGGCAGUCAAGAGACCAGUAUUACAGUUCUGCACCAGCAAGCCCUGUGGAUCUCUCAUUCCUCUGCACCAUAACUAGAAUUUGACAUGCCUGUUCUCUAAAUCCCUGGAGUAAAGGCUAGAAUUAAUAUUAUCGCUGCUUAGUAUAGAGCCGAGUGGCGUGGAAGUGGAGAAUUCUGCCAAUACAUUGACAAACAAAAUGAAUGCUUGCUUUCUUUUUUAUUUUCACAACUGUACUUAGAGUCAAUCCAUAAAGGUAGAGUAAACUGAAAGUGGCAUGUUAUAGUUCAGUGCCCCUUUGUAGUAAUUAUUUUUUUCUUGUUCCCAUGUUCAGUGUACUUUAAAGGAGGAGUAAUAUAACUGGAAACCAGGGCUAUUAUACCAGCCUACUUUCUGUUCUCUCUGCUUUUAUGGAAUAUUCCAACAUUGGUAUUCUUUAAAAAAGUUGGCAAAAGGAAACUACAAUGUGGCGUUGACAUUGGCAAACCUGCCUGGAGGAAAAUGGCAGCUGGAAGCUGAUUGGUCAUUCCUGUUCCCCCCCCCCCCCCCCCCCAAGUGUCUUACUCUCCCUAAAAUAUAAUAACUAUUCUGCUGCUGAGUGCAAUGAAAGUGACCUGUGUGUUUCUGUGUAGAAGAAAUGAUUUCCCUCUCUGUGUUUUGUAAGUGCAAUGUACCUUAAAGAGAGAUUUAACUUAUUGCAGGGAAAGAACAGAAGGUUUAGAAUAAAGGCUCUGUACCAGAAUAAAAAUAUAUAUUUAGCUUGUAUCUGUAGACAAACUAGACUGCUGCGCUUUCAAUGGUGCGUUGCCCAUAUAUUUCAGUUUAUACAGGAAAUUGCCAUGCAAAUAGAAUUUGGCAAGCAUCUUGUGCCCUGUGUUUUUAAAAUAUCUAAAAGUUACUAGUUAUUUUAUAUGUUGUAUAUAAACUGUUACUUAUUUAAUGGAAUUUUAACAUGGGAGUGUGGCCCCAAACAGAUUGCUCAUUUUAGCCAUAGUAAAACAUCCUUCAUGCCAUCCCUUUUUAUUAAAGGGUUAAACACUUUUUGGGAGGAGAGUUGGGCAAGACAGAUAUAAUCAGUUUUUUAAAUGUUUCAGGCUGAAGAAGGAAAUCUGUGUUUUUGCUUGUUCCGUGUCACUCCCUUAAACCUUGGGAAUUGUCUAUUAGAAAUUUUUGUCUUGGUAAGUAAUUUUUAGAGUGUUUUUAAUGCAUCUGGAUACUUUUUUGCAUCUGGAUGGUCUUUGUUUUUUGAACCACUAAGAUGGUAGAAGUAUCUACUAUAUUUUACAUAUUUCUGUAGCCAGGCUACCUAGUGAGCCACUGACCUAGAAUAUGCAUGCAACUUGUGAAGUCCCAAAGUGUUAACGUCUAUCACUGUGUAAGUGACUCAUUAGGUAGUAAAGCCAGGUGCACCUCGAGCAUAUACACUUCAAAAGUCAGCAAUGUCCACUCCCACAUAAAUCUUCUGACCACUUCGCUUAAAGUGAUCCUGUUGAGGCUUAAAACAUUGUUGAAUUUGCAAAGGAAACUGUUGUGUCUGCAGGUACCUGUGUUAUUUUUUAUUCUAUCUUUGUUCCUGUGGGCCCCUCUCUUUAUUUCUGCUGAAGGUGAGAUUUAAUUCUAGCCAACAUCAGUCAACAAUAUCAAAGUGUAGGGAAUUUUGAGUUGAAUACACCAGAAGGGGAGAGGGUUAGGCCCCUUUCACACGGUUAGACCGUUCACGUCCACCUGUCUGUUUUGUCGGCGGAGCUGAAUGGCCGCUCCAUGCAAUCCUAUGGAGCGUCGGAUGUCAGCGGAGACAUGUCCGCUGACAUCCGAUCCGCCAAAAUCAGACGUAUGGCGAUACGUCCCAAUCCGUCCAUAUCGGUUCAGAUGAGAUCUGAUGAAAACGCACAUGCUGAGAGAUCUCCCACUGAGCUGUAGCAACGGAGUCCGCCUCGUGUGAAUGAGGCCUUAAAGUGGUUGUUACGUUUUUGUUUAUAUUUACCUGCGUUGUACAAUGGUAUUGAACAAAGCCGCCCCCCACACCUCCUCUUCUGCGUCUGCUGCUUCCUAUAGUGGCAUAUGUGGUGCCCGCUCUCAAGCCAGACUGUGUCCAUUAAAACACAAUACGGCUCAGCCCUGCCCCCCCGCUCCCUCCUCACAGGAUUUGACUGAAAGCAGCAGGAGCCAAUGGCCGCAUCAUUCAUUCACAGUGUUCGGUCAAUGGGAAAACUACAAUUCCUGACAGCCUUUGUGGUCAUCGGCUUGUAGUUCUCAAUGAACUACCAGGGCACUGUUGAUCGCUCUAGGUAGUUCAUUGAUCUUCCUGUCAGUGUGUAACUGCCUGACAUACAAUCUGCAGGAACGCGGCUAUAAAUAAAUGCAUAUUUUUUUUUACCUGCAAAAAAUUUUGCUUUUUUUUUUUUUGUAAAAGUGAACUUAUCCUUCAAAAAAAACCAUUAUGGAAUCAUUUUAAUAUGUACUCAACAUAAUUUAAAUGGUUGUAUACAGCCUGUGCCUAGAAUAUGAAGGGCUUCACAGUGAUUGAUUUGAAGACUAACACAGGUACUUGUGGGCACUACAGGGUCCCCUACCCUUUAGUAAAGUUAUCACCCUAGAGACUUUUAGACUAGGUAAGGUUUACUUUUAAAGCUGCUAUCCAUUUAGCAUUCAGUAGAACCAUGUCUCUCCCAUCUCUGUGCAGCAGUAACUGGAUGUUUAAUGCUGUGCACGUGUGUUGGUGAGUUAAGGAAUGUUCCUUCUGCCCUUUGUCAAGCCUUAGGACAAUAAGCAUUUGAAGCUGGCUGACAAAGGAAAGAAACUUCUCAUAAAGGAUAUUUGCUUAUGCAAUAACUAUGUAUUCAGGAAAAAACAGGUUUGAUUGUGAACAUACUUUUACUGUAAUGCAGAAAACCUCAAGCACAUGCUUUAUUGUUCAAAUUUGGAUUCCAUGUUUCAGGUGAUGUUGUUCCAUUUUUUAAGGAUGUACAGCUAAGCUUGGUAUUGGCAAUUUAAAACUAGCCUUGUUUGUUUUCAACUAGGUUACAUACUUUACCUGUUUUUGCAAAUUUAAAUUAACUAUAGUUAAUACUUGUUUGGAAAUCAGAUUUAGGAGUCAGUUUCAUUUUCACAGACAAUUGUUAUGUAGUACUUGGUACAUAUAUGUUCAUACUUCUUUGCUCUGCUCUUUUUUACAUUGGCACUCAUUUAUCUUUGUGUCUUUGAGGAGAACUGCAUGUGUUUGUCACCAUUGGCAAGCAAUCAGAAUUAUUCUCUCAUACUGCACUGAACUAAGAAGAAUGUAAAUGGUUACACUUGCUGCACCUCUACACCUUAAUCAGUGAGAACCUUCCUGAAAGGUUGUAUUUCCAUGCUUUCUUCUUGUAUAUUUGUGUGACGUUAGUGAUGGACUCUAUUCACCCUCAAGAAGUCCACUACUCAUCAGUUGUUGUAUUUAGUGGCACUGUGAACAUCCCCACAACUCACUUAAAACAUUGUCAAGGCAUUCUGCCAUCAACAAAAAAAGUACCUUUCGUUAAUUUAACGGGUGAACAACAAAAUCUGUAAUUUCUCUAAACUUACAAUUCAACAAAAAAAAAAUCUGCCUGGGAGCAGUCCUGCUGAAUGAUGAUGUACACCAAUUGGGCACAGCAUUCCACCCCAGUGCUGUUUUCAUUCAGUUUUAUACAGGUUUGUAGAAGUAGAACUAUGUAAAUUAAUAAACUAUGUAAACUAGCACUGUGGGCAGACUAUGGUCAUUUUACAUAUUCCUAACAAGCCCCAAAUAAACUUUAACUGAUUCCUUCACUGACUUCUGUAGAUGUAGUCUGUGGAUUAAUAAUUCUCAAAAUUUGCAGCAGAAUGUUUUCAGUUUUAUAUUCGCUUUCACUUGUUCUCUUGGCUCCCUUACCAGGCUUCCUGUUUCUAAUGUGAAAAACAGAUGCAGGUGUGUAUGAGGAGAAUGUUGAUGCGUCACUACUUCUGUUAUAUUUUGAGGCUGAAUUGCUUCACAGUGCCUGCAACUACAGAGGUCAGUGAGAGAAGGAACUUUAGGAAUUCAGUCACUUUGUAAAAUCUGCUGCCUUACUAGGAGUUAAAGUGAAACUAAACCUAACUCUUAGAAAAUGCUAUUGAAUGUACUCUGAACCGUGCUUGUUCAGCUCACCGUGCAUUCUCUGCACACUCACUCCUACUGUGCCAGAAUGAUUGACUCGCAUGUGGGAUAACAUCAUUCUCCAUCAGCCAUUCAAGAGGCUGUAAAUCUUGUCCAGGGAGAAGAUGACAGCAGACAGCGAGGGAUAUAACCGUUGCGUAGCUGGAAGGCAGAAGUAAGUAUUUUCAGGAGUUUAUUUUCACUUUAAAGCUGAUCUCCAGGUUUUCUGGCACUUUAAUUAGUUUGGACCAGGAUGGUUCAAACUGACUAUUUCCUUCACCAAGUGCUGCAUUGGCUCCAAGUGCUAUAUGAACUGUAUGUAACUUCAGCUACAUAAAGUACACCGUGCUGAGUUCUGGCUGUGAGGCAGAGACUUUCGGUCUCACAUUCAAAAAAAAGGGCUUGAGCUGUGAUCUGCCAGUUAUAAGCAGCUGUGUAUUCUGUGAAUAAAUACACAACUUCCUCUGAUUGGUUGAGGCAGGCUGAUGAAUUUACAAUCUUUUUAUUUUUUUAAUAGAAUACAAAGCAGCCUAUGAAUGGUUGAGCCCUGCUCAGCCUGACUUUUGUUUCCGGUCGUUGAACGGAAUGAGUCUGGCUCUCAGACGGGACCCAGCACUGUGUACUGUAUGUAGCUUAGUGAAGAAAAUGGUUUGUCAGGACCAACUUGGUCCAAAUGAACUGUUUAAAGUGAUGGGGAAACCUGGAGAUCCGCUUUAAGGCCUGGUUCACACCUAUGCAUUUUUAUAGUGCGUUUUCAGUUUUGCAGAAACACACUGAAGUCCAUUUAAUAUGGUUUCCUAUGUAGUUCACAUCUGUACAUUUUACGGAAAGUAACGGCACUCUGUCAGGAGAUAGGCUGUCUUCUCCCACACAGCACUUCUGCUUAAUUCUCCCCUCUGCUGUUCAUUAACAGAAGGCUUUGUAAUUUGUGAAUGGGUUCAUAUAAUAUAAAGCACACUAAUUGGAGGAGAGGGGAAGAGUGGGCACAGCAGCUGCAUGCAACUCUGCAGCUACAGAAGGUCCAGCAUAGGAGCGCUGCAAGUAUAGUGAUCGCUAUGCUGGUGCUCAGUAAAAAUGUAAAGGGCCAGUUCAGCUUUGAUUAACAUUUAUUUCCUGCUUGAUAAGAAUAUAUAAAUAACUUUUCAUCAGUUCUAACUUAAACCAAUAAUGCUAGUCGAGUAAAUGAGCAGUGCUGACUUCUUGGGGAUGGCGGCAUUAAUUUAAAAAAGAGGUCUUUGGUCUGCUCUACAACACUGUGAUUUUUUUUUAUUAUUAUUUUGCCUUUCAUUGAAUAUAGUCGUGUGCCUCAAAGUAACUGCAAGAAAUGUAGAGGAGGUGUUGGUUGUACUCCAAAUGCAAUUUGAAAUCUGAAAAACCGAAUUUGUUGCUGUGAGUCCCACAUCUGACUUUUUAGUAUACCUCUUUUCAGGUCAAAUUUGUCUUAUUUCUAUCCCAAAAGCCCACUUGCUACUGCAAAUUACGUUCUAUCAUUGAUUAAGCCAGGCAUUGUUGCCAGUCAAGCUUUUACUUGUGCUUGUACAUAUACCCAAAUUAUUGCAGGAUAUAAACAGAGGGAUGGUUUUCUGAUGACAUAGCAGUUCCCCAGGAAAAGCAGGGUGUUGGCAUGUAGGGCCUCUAGGUAAUUAAUGUUCUUGUAGUGUUUGUAUUGUUUGCUAAUCAGCUCAACCAAAUUCCCUCAAACAAAAGGACUCCAUUUUACCAUAUGUGCUGGGAAAUAAAUAUUAUGAAUGUGAAAUAUUUGCACUUUCUGUAGCUUUAACAUUUUCUUUUAUAUUGUUUGCUAACAUGAUUUUUCUUUUUUUCUUUAACUUGUUGGAGAGGCCUUUAAGUUAGUGCUGUUUUCCACAGUGAAAAAGUUAAAUGAAGUUUAAGUUACCUAUUUUAUGAGGAACAUUUAAUUUAUAAACACAUCUAAUGCAAAAACUCUUACAGGUAUAUAUGUUUCUGUUCUGUUAGCUUUGAAUUUAUUAUAGUCAAAUGUCUGCUUUUUUAUUUCUCUCCUUCUUUUUUUUUUUUUUUUUUUUUUAACAGCGAUUGUAUAAAGAUGGUAUAUUGUGUACUUGAUUAUUGUUUUAUUUUAAAUCAUAUACAGAGGCAGCUACACAUUGGUGUUUAUGUACAUUCCGGAUUAAAGAAGGUCAUUAAACAUUACUAGAAUUG